AUGUGGCUGCUAUACGACAAUUCAAGAAUGAGUAGAGGAGAGCCUAAUUUGGACCGUGCUGAAAACGACAGCGAAAGAGGAGAUCAGAAUGAAAUUGAUCGCUGUUGUGAUCACCAGCAAGACGAUUUGAUACGAGAUCAAUUUGACGAGGAGUUCUGGAUUAAGGUGAAAGACCCGAAAUAUGUGUUAAAAUGCAAGUUUCUGGAUUUAUUUUGCAAUUCUUUGAUGCAAAAUUUAAGCCAUAUAAAAACUUUUCAAUCGACUAAGCUUUUUUCCUCUGUUAAGGUCCAUGAGAAGCAAAACAAAGGACUGUCAUGGAACAGAGCUAUGGACGAAGUUCAUGUGGAAAGAUUGAUUCAGAAAUACAAGGACGGUGGGGAAUUGGAUGGCGAGGAUCCAGCUCUUUUAAUGUUAAAACAGUGGCCAGGAUCUGAAAAGUACAAAGAUGAUUCCGACAAACUUCGUGCACUUGAACAACAGGUGGGUACACAAGGCUUUGACAUGUAGGAAUUAACUUAUAAAUCUAAUACUAAUUAUGGAAAUAUUAUCUCUGACAUUUUUUUUUUGUAGAUAAAUCGGAUUUUGGAGAUUCUAUUAGAAAGUGAAAUAAACACAGGGAACAGAUACGAGUCGUUCCGAGACGAAGAUGACGAAACAAAUAAAACACUAAUGCACUAUGCAGCAGAGCAUGGCUUUUUGCAUGUCACCAAAACGCUUGUCAGGAAAUGUCCAGAGUUACUUGUUGUGAAGACAGAAGAACAACUCAAACCUGUCGAAAAGAGAGCCAUGUUACCUGUGGAAUUAGCAAUAGUAACAGAGAAUGAUGAUGUGGCUGCAUUUUUGGUUAGAGUUAUGUGGCAUGAGAGGUAGAAACAUGCUUGGAAUUUGAAUAAACAAAAGUUUCUCAUAUUAUGGUCUUGAAGACAUAAAUGUCUUUUUUGAGUUUCUAAAAGCUCAAGAUUUACCCUUUAACCCAUUUAAGUCUCAGGAAUAAAGGAAAUUAUCACCAGUUAAGGAGCUGUUGAUUGUAAUAAAAAUUCUCCUUGUCAACAUCUUAUGAUAUGUAUAGAGAACAGUAUAAACAGUAUAGAGAAUAUGCAUACCGACAGAAGGGUGUAAAGGGUUAAUUGGAAUAUUGCAUUUUAAACUUUUGAAAUAAUAAUUUAUUUCUUUGUCACUUUUAGAGUCCAAGGCUUAUUUUCGUGGACACAAGGUGACAUAACCAAUCCUCAACCCUCCUCUUUCAAUUUCAAGGCAAUUAUCGAGAAUCCUAAAAUGAGGGUAAGAUUGUGAUGUUAACAAAAUUUGAAAUAGCUCACAGGCUUUGUAUACAGACUACCAUUUUUUGUGUGUGAAUAACUUGAUGGGUUUAAAGUUACAAGAGGAUUUGUGCACUCAAUAGGGGCGAGUUGGCAGUAUCUAUUGUAUUAAAAUAGAAGUGAAACAGGCAUGAAACUAUCUCAUUUAUGUUAUUACAGAAAAAGUGGAGUGGGUGGGGAGGAGGGAAGAGGGAAGAGGAGGGUACCGUCUGGAGUCCCAAGUUAUUUUUGUUAAGCCAGUAAUACAUAUUGUGUAAGUAAAUUUUUGAUUUGUUAAUUUCUCUACCAAGCCCUUCAAAUAUGGAGUCAGAUUGUGGUUGAGAAGUACUGUAGAUCCAGUUAAAUGCAAUUUAACGGAGUAAACAACAAAGGGCAUCAGCAUUCUUUAGUAGUGAGCGAUUUUUUGUAUAUGCACAUGCACUGGAAUUCUACAUGCUCUUCGUUUGAGGCAUUCUUGCGUGUACUUUAAGUGUGUCUUUGCAGCAUUGUGAGGCAGUUUUCCCCACCCCAUCCCUCCCUCUUUCCACUGUUUAUUCAGUGUGACCGGUACCUGUUUCCCUUUCUUGUGUAGGGGCUCAUGGCUGGGUUGCCAGGAUUUGCCGGCAAUGGGAGAAGUCUCCAUCUAGGAGCUGGCUGCCAAUAUAGAGGAAGCUCCUGGAUUUUUCAGGCACCCAACCUCCACCUAGCAAUACAGUUGUUAAUUUUGUAUUAUCCAACAUGAAUUUAGAGUGGAGCAGGACUUAGAUACUAUUGAUGGACCAUAACUGUGAUUUGUGUUGUUUCCAGAAAACAAUAGUGGCUGUCUUAGACCAGAUGGUGGAUCCUCAUUGGCCAUAUCUUCCAAAACGUCAAGAAAACUAUGAAACUGAAGAAGAGAGGGAGGCAAUUGAGGGAGUCUGGAAUACCAUAUCUGAUGAUCCAUUAAACUAUCAUUUUUAUUAUCAUAUUUUGGAAGGAGAUGAGGGAGGACGGCCCCCAAAGAUUAUUGCCUCAGAUGAACACAAGGAGAUGGAAAACAAAUAUUUUAACUUGAAUGACAAGUCUUGUUUACAUGCCAUUGCAAAGAGCAACAACAAAGUAAGAUUCAGACCUAAGGAUGAUCAAGCUUUUAAGAAAUUCAUUGGUGAAAUAUGUAAUAUUGUCAAGAUCUGGUAUUAAAAAGGUAUCUUGAAAGAGUAGACACAUUUUAUUUAUGACUAAUAAUUAUUACUGCAGGAGUUUGAUUUUUAUAUCACUCUCAUCCUAAGGUUUGGGCAAAAUUAAAUCAGUUCUUGAUGUCCAUUUUUAGGAAGCUUUGCAACAUCCUGUUGUCAGAAUGUUGAUUAAAACAAAAUGGAAAAGUUAUGGACACUUGUUCCUCAGGUAAAUCAGUUAUAUUUGCAGACUCCAUACUGUUAAUUUUAGAGAUAGCUGUAUCAUAUUUAUCAAUUAAGGCAUGUAGGUGUUGAAUUAGGUAUUGAUGAAUUCUUAAGUGUAUCUUGGUACAGAGUCAAAUUUCAUUGAGUUUAUUUUUGCCAACACACAUGAUUGAGAGCCAGCGAAAGAACUUCUAUGCAGAGUGAUUCAGUCUUAAUAAAUAUAGUAUCCCCUGGAAUACUAGCUGUGAGUGCAUAAUACUGUCCAAAUUUCAAAGCCUUUGAUUUCUUAAAGGUUUAUUGAAAAAAAAAUAAUACAGGUUACCAAGAACUUUAAGUUUUAUAUCUUCAUUUGAAGUUCUAAUAUUGUGCCCUUUCUCCAUUGUACUUUUGCAGAGGUAAUUAUAAUUACUAUUUCUUUCCAUUAGCCUCCAAGUGGCAUUGUUUUGCAUCUUUUUGCUGUGUAUGUCAUAUUCUCUGCUGCAUGCCUCUACCAAAGUGGACCCCACCCAUUAUAGUGGUGCACUGGACUCACUGCGUGGAUUUUGUGAGGUUGUCACACUACUUAUGGUCGUGUUUUACAUCUGUGAGGAAAUAAAUCAGAUAAGAAUGUAAGUAAUUAUGGUGAUCAAGGAUCGCUGGAAAUCUCAUCAAGACCUUCCAUUUGACCCCAUAUCGCAAUUUAAAUGACUCCACAUUUGAAGAGGCGCAUGGUUGUGAAAUUAUUUGAUUUCUUGCAGAGAGGGGCGUUGUUAUUUCACAGAGUGGAUGACCUUGUUUGACUGGUUAGGCCUGCUGUUGAUAUUGUGUAUAGUACCGUUACGAUACAUGGAUCAUAAAGCACAGUGGAUGGUGACAUCUUUAGCCUUCUUGUUCAACUUCCUGAGGAUAUUUAAAUUUUCAUGUGUUUCAAGGUAACCUACAACUCCCAAUUAAUUACUUGAGUUCAGAAAGAGCACUGAUGAAUUAAAAAUCAUCCCUUCGUCAAUCUAACCUCACGUUACAUUAAAUCUUUCUUAGGACUACAGGAUUAUACACACAAACCUUGGCCAAGAUCAUUUUACAUGAUGUAACAAAAUCCAUGGCAGUUUUUAUUGUGAUCUUUUUCUCCUUCUGUGGUGCUUUGACUUUAUCCCUCUGUUACUCCGGAUCCAGUGAAAACCAAGAACUUCGGUACAUCUCUUUUUACUCAAUCUCCUUAACAAAGCUAUAAGGUUGUUUUGGAAAAAACAACUCGGGGUAUCGUUUGUUACAAGUCAAUAAAAUAUUCGAUAAUUUCCAUUGUAAAUUGAUUAAUUUGAUCUGCUCUUUACUGGCUAGAUUUUGUAUUCAUUCAAACUAUUCUCAUCCUUUCUGGCAAAAGCAAUUUACUGAUUUUGGGAAUUUAGAUGUUGAACAUAGCGCGUGAGAAGUCCAAAAAAACCCAACAUACUAAUUUUAAUUUUUGAUUUUGCCUUUAGUGGUUUUGGAGACGUCUUGAUAAGCGGGUUUCGAGCACUGUCCGAGCAGUAUCCAAUGGCGCAAAAUUACUCACCUUUCAAGUACGUCACACUAAUCUUUGAAGUUAUUGCUGAGCUUCUCUUUGCGCGUAACGACUGCUACGAUUUGAGUUUUAAAAGCUAGCUCAGGGAAGCUAAGGUCACAAGUCAUAUCAUGUCUGUAAUAAGGGAGCGGUGGUGUUAAGUAAGUCACACAUAUUUUCCUUCAGUAGAUAAGCUUAGCUUUGUGAAUCUUUCUGUCCUGCAGCUGGCUGUCAGUUCUUCUAAUGAUGGCGUAUAUGGGAACAGUGACUGUGAUUCUGCUCAACAUUCUUGUUGCUCAGAUGAGUACGACCUACACACAGGCUAAGAAAGUCGCUCAUCUGGAAUAUGAUGUGGAUCGUAUUUUACAGCUCACUCGCAUGGAGAGAUUUCCUUUUCUGGUAAGUAUCCACAAUGUCGUUAGAAUAAAGCCGUUAUAAUAUUGACACCAGGUGCGAUCGCGCAAAUGUGCUGCACGCCUCGUGCAAGUGUGAAUGAGGGGGUGGAAGGUGAAGAUCAUUGAUUUAUUAUGCAACAACCUUUCUCUCUCUGUAGAAUUUACGCGUGAAGUAUUACAAAGAGGGAGACUGGAUCAGUGAAAUGAAACUUGCAAAAGGUCGGUAAUGAAAUAAAUGAGACUAGUUAUUAAGACAUACCAUCAGUCACAGGAUGUUGUUAGCUGAAAGGUGGAAUGGCUAUUGGUAAGAAGGACAAAUUUGGCGUGGCUACUGAAAGGAGUGGUGUGGAAACGAAAAGAAGGGCUGCUUAAAUUACAAACCUUCCUUUUAAUUAGUAAGAGCUAUGUAGCUAUUUGAGCGAACAGUCUUUAAUUCAAUUUGUCGUUGGUGGGUGAAAGGGAGUCUUGUAAGCAGUACGUAAAAGCAAAACAUCUCUUGCUUUCCCACGCUAUAAAUAAGGUGAUCUUGGUUUUGUUCAUAGAACUUCUGGAAUUCAGAGAAGAUCGCAAUCCUUGGGAGUCGGUUGAAGAGAAACUUAAUGAGAUCAGG